AUGACAACACCAAUGACAGAGAAAUUUACCACUUCGAAACAACAUCAUGCUAAUAACAACGACACCAACGGUGAGGCAAACGAUGAAACUGCCAAACAAAAUCAGACAACACCAACGAAAUAG